UAAACCGGACCGAGUAUUCCCCCCCUGACCGUCUGCCGUAAAAUGGAUUUGUGCGUGAAGGCCACUGAAUGAAAAGUUAAAAUUCACGAAAGGGCAUUUAUUCUGCCUCCUUCAUCAUGUUUGUUCUGGUGGAAAUGGUGGACACUGUGCGGAUCCCGCCCUGGUUGUUUGAGCGGAGGUUAAACGAUGCCAUUGCAGAAGAGUUGAACAAAAAACUGGCCAACAAGGUGGUGUAUAAUGUCGGCCUGUGCGUCUGUCUGUACGACAUCACCAAACUGGAAGACUCCUACAUUUUCCCUGGAGAUGGCGCCUCUCACACUAAAGUGCAUUUUCGCUACAUGGUAUUCCGCCCCUUUCUGGAUGAAAUUGUUACCGGCAAAAUUAAAGGCUGCAGCCAGGAAGGAGUGUGCGUGACCAUGGGAUAUUUUGACGACAUCCUGAUCCCUCCCGAAUCUCUGCAGCAGCCGGCCAAGUUUGACGAGACGGAGCAGGUGUGGGUGUGGGAGUACGAGACUGACGAGGGCACGCACGACCUGUACAUGGACGUCGGCGAGGAUGUCCGCCUGAGAGUGGUGGACGAGACCUUCGUCGACACCUCCCCCACCGGGCCCAGCACGGCAGAGAGCUCAGCCACCACGCCAGAGGAAGCGCAGAGGAAGGAGGCUCCCUACACACUGACGGGGUCCAUCAGUGAGCCGGGCCUGGGACUGCUGUCUUGGUGGACAAAUGGUUAACGGGACGACUUUAUUCCUACUGCUUCACACGCAGCACGUCUGGCAGGAGCUGGAUCUGGAGCUGCCUGCUUCCCAAACAAUUCUUCGAGGAUCCUAAUUUCUGAGAGCGGGACAUAUGCUGGGUGUCUGGCCAGACUGGGGAAGCGUCUGGUGAACAUGAUCCAGCCGCAGCGACAGAUAUCUCUCUCACGACCAAAUGGACAAUGAAUGGCCAGAGAAAGACGAAGGGCAUCCAAGUGGAAUGCUUGGCUAGUUGUGACUGCUUCCCACUGUGCCAGAUACUAGUCCUGCACGCCCUGGUUUUCUAUAGGAUAUUAAAGACAUUUGAUCAAUGGA